UUGGACGAUCCGUGGGGUUUGGCUACUCUGAUGAGGCAUAUGAAGAGUCCCGGGUGUUCCCUCCCCUCGAUCUCCAAUCUCACGCACAAGGAUGAGUACGUCGAUAUUGCUCAUCACAUGGGUCAGCUGGCUGGUGCUAUCAACAGGGCUCAGUUCAAAUUUGAGGAUGCUGUACACAAUGCUCCCAGUGCCGAGGAGUUAGCCCAGGUCACUGAAUUGGUCAAGGCCAACAAGACUGAACUUAAUCAGACUCGGGCUCUGAUCUCGGAUCUCCAAGCUGAGGUAAAGAGACUUGGCUCCAAGUGUGAUGCUCAGCAAGGGACGAUCGAGAGCCAGCUGAUUGACCUCCAGGUGAAAAAUAGGAAGAUUGGGGAGUUGGAUGCUGCUCGGAAGAUAGCCGAGUAUCAAGUCAAGGAGCUGAUUGCCACAUCUCAGAGCAGCCAGAAGAACAAGGAAGCUGAGGUCAGGCUAGCCGUCCGGAGAGGAAAAAAGUAGGUAGCCGAAGCCUACAACAAAAUUCUGGUUGUUGUCAAGGAGAAGUUCUCCAAGAAGAAGGACGAAGUCGACCUCCUGGUUCAUGCUCAAGAGAUUCAAGCCAACACCGAGCUCCUGAAAGACAUGCUGGAUGGCGAGAUUAAGAGUACUCAAGAUGAGUAUGAUCGCUUGGUGGCAAUAAUGCCGGAAGCUGUUGCGGCAUACGAGAAGGCUCAGGUCUCGGACUUCUCGAUCGGCAAGCUCCCUCUUCCCCAACUCUCUGAGAGCUCAGCCCCAGUCGAAACCGCCUCUGGAGGUAAUGACAAGGAGAUGGAGGAGGAGGUCCCUGAGGAGGAAGAUCCAGCUGGUAAGGGAGCUGAGAAGAGCUCGGAUGACAAGGAAGUCUAAGAGCUGAGGCUCUUUCAUGUUUUCUAGGAUUUCUGCCCGAUGGGCUUUGUUUCAUUUGUUUCUAAGACUUAUAGCCUGAGGAGGCUUUUAAACCUUUAUCUGUUUACACUUCGAAUCUUUGUUAG